AUGGUCAACCGAGCAGAGGCUGCACAACUUCUAAACCAUCUUGAUAAAGACAAAAGUGGAAAAAUUAACACACAAGAGCUCAUGGAAUUUUUGCAGAGCGUUAACUGUCCAUUCAAAAGGGAGCAAGUUGAGAAGUUUAUUAUACAACACGACAAGGAUAACGAUGGACAAUUGAAUGUUGAUGAACUUCUCAAUGUUUUAUGUUCAUAA